UCAAAACAUGGUUAAACAAAAACAACUAUUUUGUUGUUUUCUAACAACAUUAGUUCUUUCAACAUUUGAUAUUUUAUUUUCUUUUAUUGGAAUUUGUUUUAAUGGAAAUUCGUUUUCUUUUCAACAUUUCCUCAACGCUUUUUCAUUGCCUUUCGAGAUAAACAAAUCUGUUGCUGAUUUUUUUAUUUUAUCUUUGCUUCGAAUGGUGUUGAUGUUUGUUGGUUGUUUUGUUCUGGUUUUUAAAAGAAAGGUAGGUUGA